CAGAAACAAAAAGAUGCAACGACUUGCACGAGAACAUGUCAGAAGUAUUUUAGAUGAACAAGAGAAGAUGAACUAUGAGUUGGAAGUUAAAAGAAAGGAUCUUGAUGCAUGGAACAGACAAUUGAACAAGCGUGAAGCAUUGACUGAACGUGAAAGGCAAAAACUUGACGAGGAGAAGCAAAUGAGUACAACAAGAAAUACUUCGCUUGAAAUGGCAUCUAUGGAGCAAAGGAAGGCUGAUGAGAAUGUCUUGAGAUUAGUUGAAGAGCAAAAGAAAGAAAAACAAGAAGCCCUGAACAAGGUCCUUCAGCUGGAAAGGCAGCUAGAUGCAAAGCAGAAGCUAGAGAUGGAAAUUGAAGAGUUGACAGGAAAACUUCAAGUGAUGAGGCAUCUUGGAGAUGAAGAUGAUGAUGCAGUGCAAAAUAAAAUUAAAGAGAUGAAUGAAGAAUUACAACAGAAGCAAGAUGAGAUGUCUAGUUUGGAAGAUUUAAACCAAGCACUCAUCAUCAAAGAGAGACAAAGCAACGAUGAACUGCAAGAAGCUCGGAAAGUACUAAUUUCGGGCUUGACUGAUAUGCAAUUUAGUUCCCGGGCUCAUAUUGGGAUAAAAAGAAUGGGAGAUAUUGAAAUGAAGCCUUUUCAUGCUGCAUGCAAGGGAAAAUAUCCAGUUUCUGUCGCAGAAAUGAAAUCAUCGGAAUUGUGCACCUUGUGGCAGGAAAAGUUGAGAAAACCGGAGUGGCAUCCAUUCAAGGUCAUUCAGACUGAAGAUGGAAACCAUGAGCAAAUCAUAGAUGAAAAUGACGAGGAACUUAAAACUCUGAGGGAGGAGUGGGGAAAUGACGUUUAUGAAGCUGUGGGAACUGCCUUAAAAGAGAUGAAUGAGUAUAACCCAAGUGGAAAUUAUGUGAUUUCCGAGCUAUGGAACUACAAAGAGAAUAGGAAAGCAACACUGAAAGAAGUUAUUUCACACAUCCUCAAGAGUUUGAAGACACUAAAGCGAAAGAGAACAUGAACAAGUAGAGACAGCGGUGAGGCAUGAAAAUGCGAGAUUAAAGGCAGAAGGAUUUUUCAGUUGCAGGUAUGGAGAGAUCUAUGUAACUUGAUAUUGUUUCCAUUUGAAUGGUUCCCAUAACUAAUGAAUUGUUCAAGAUUUGUAAGAAUUUUUAAUUUGAGUUUUUAUUAGACGUUUUCUAUUCAUUACUACUAUUACAUAAAAUGU